AAUUCAUCAUACAAAUAAAAUGACUACUUCCUGGAGUGAUCGAUUGCAGAAUGCAGCAGAUGUGCCCGCUAACAUGGAUAAACACGCCUUGAAGAAGUAUCGCCGAGAAGCCUAUCACCGGGUGUUUGUGAACCGGAGUUUAGCCAUGGAAAAAAUAAAGUGUUUUGGUUUUGAUAUGGAUUAUACCCUUGCUGUGUACAAGUCUCCAGAAUAUGAGUCCCUUGGCUUCGAGCUUACUGUGGAGCGAUUAGUUUCCAUUGGCUAUCCUCAGGAGCUGCUCAGUUUUGCAUAUGAUUCUACAUUCCCUACCAGAGGACUUGUCUUUGACACACUCUACGGAAAUCUUUUGAAAGUUGAUGCCUAUGGAAACCUCUUGGUUUGUGCACAUGGAUUUAACUUCAUAAGAGGACCAGAAACUAGAGAGCAGUAUCCAAAUAAAUUUAUCCAGCGAGAUGACACUGAAAGGUUUUACAUUCUGAACACACUAUUCAAUCUUCCAGAAACCUACCUGUUGGCCUGCCUAGUAGAUUUUUUUACUAAUUGUCCAAGAUAUACCAGUUGUGACACAGGAUUUAAAGAAGGGGACCUCUUUAUGUCCUACCGGAGCAUGUUCCAGGAUGUAAGGGAUGCAGUCGACUGGGUCCAUUACAAGGGCUCCCUUAAGGAAAAGACAGUUGAAAAUCUUGAGAAGUAUGUAGUCAAAGAUGGGAAAUUGCCGUUGCUUCUGAGCCGGAUGAAGGAAGUAGGGAAAGUGUUUCUUGCCACUAACAGUGACUAUAAAUACACAGAUAAAAUCAUGACUUACCUGUUUGAUUUCCCACAUGGACCCAAGCCAGGAAGCUCCCAUCGACCGUGGCAGUCUUACUUUGAUCUGAUUUUAGUGGAUGCACGGAAACCACUCUUUUUUGGAGAAGGCACAGUGCUACGUCAGGUGGACACUAAAACUGGAAAACUGAAAAUCGGUACCUACACAGGCCCCUUGCAGCAUGGCAUCGUCUACUCAGGAGGCUCAUCUGAUACGAUCUGUGACCUGUUGGGAGCCAAGGGCAAAGACAUUUUGUACAUUGGAGAUCACAUUUUUGGAGACAUUUUGAAGUCAAAGAAACGGCAGGGGUGGAGAACUUUCUUGGUGAUUCCUGAGCUUGCACAGGAGCUUCACGUCUGGACUGACAAGAGUUCACUUUUUGAAGAACUUCAGAGCUUGGAUAUUUUCUUGGCUGAACUCUACAAGCACCUUGACAGCAGUAGCAAUGAGCGCCCAGACAUUAGUUCCAUCCAGAGACGGAUUAAGAAAGUAACUCAUGACAUGGACAUGUGCUAUGGGAUGAUGGGAAGCCUCUUCCGCAGUGGCUCCCGGCAGACACUCUUUGCCAGUCAAGUGAUGAGGUAUGCUGACCUCUACGCAGCGUCUUUCAUCAACCUGCUGUACUACCCGUUCAGCUACCUCUUCAGAGCCGCCCAUGUCCUGAUGCCUCAUGAAUCAACAGUGGAGCACACACACGUGGAUAUCAACGAGAUGGAAUCCCCUCUCGCCACCCGGAACCGCACAUCUGUGGAUUUCAAAGACACCGACUACAAGCGGCACCAGCUCACAAGGUCCGUUAGUGAGAUUAAGCCGCCCAACCUCUUCCCGCUGGCUCCCCAGGAGAUUACACACUGCCAUGAUGAAGACGACGAUGAAGAGGAGGAAGAGGAAGAAUAAGGAGGCAAACUAAAACCCUGAGCACCCAUCAGCAAGUCUGGCAGGACUCACGGGGCAAGGGUGGCCUUGUUUCGAUUCUGUUAGGGAGGGUGGGUGGCCCUCAUCAGAAGUACAUUUGGAAAGUUUCAGAAGGCUUUAAAUAAUUCUAAUCAUAGCUCCUCACUUCAGUUUUGUGUAUCUGUAUUCUCUGCAGAUAGUUCGAAACUGUAGGAAGAUGAGGUAAAGUCGGGUGGGACUGCGUGCAGAUGGCACCCUGUGGUUGUGAUGGUGUCUCCUUGUCUGUCUCCAUCAUCGGGGUGCCAUCUGCACACACUGCGGGUGGGGGAGGGCUGCAGAGCAGAGCCGAGAGCCUGGUGGGAAGAGGUGAGCCACACCACCGAGUUACUGCAGACUGUGCUGUUGCUGCCCCCCCCCCCCCCCCCAUCCAGUGCAUCACCCCGUAUUUGCACAUCCGUGGGGAAAUGCACUGGCUUCAGUGUCAGGUGCAGUCAGUCCUCUGGCAGGUCAGGUUCCUUAGCUUUUGGGUUUCCCUGGUGGCCCUGGCAAGGCUGCUGCUGUGUUGGUUCCUUCCUGGGUUUCCUUGCUGGAGUGAUUUUAGACUAGACCACAGGGGUUUGAAUUUGAGGCACAAGUCCUCAUCCUUGCUACAUUUUAAAAAAUUGGUAGCACAAAUGCUUUUUUGUUAAAUAAAAACAAUCCUUUUGGGGAAUGUCGCUGAAGAUGCAGAGGCACAAGUUCCCAGAGAACAGCAGCUGUUGCUUACAGCCGGAGCUGCUGUCAUCGUGAGGACUGCAGGGGGACCCUGCUCCUACGCACACAGAUGGGAGGGGGCUCUGUAGCAAAAGGCACAGUGAGAAUCGGUUCACUUGAGAGUGCUGCGGGAAAUUACUCCCUGCUCUGAAUAAAGCAAGAGCCUGUGAAGAUGAAGUCAUGUGACUGCCCUGCCAGUGCAGGGAGUUGCCCAACACUUGGAACACUUUUCUAGAUUCUUGCUUUAGCUUUCAUUUGUUUUCUUCCAUUCUUGGCCCUGGUCACUAGGGUACUGGCUGCUCUAGAGCUUAGUAAAGUGUAUGUCUAAUGCUGACACCACUCUUGUGUAAAACAGCUGUCAACUGUCACAGCCGUUGGUCUGCAGAUGGCUUUAGGCUUGGCAUGCUCUCAAAGGAAAUCACAUUUUCAAGAUUGCUAACUAUAUCUGUAUCACUUUUAGUUCAAGAACAUGCUCUUAUGUACAGUGUUUCAUAGGUAUAAAGAUUUUUUUCAUCAA